GCUACCUCCAUGAGCUAAUUGCUCACAAAUGGAAGGCAGAAGGAUCAUUAUCCACAAUUGAAGUGCUACAGCAGAGCCACAAACUCCUUAGUGGAAGUAAGUGUUUUUCUUUGUUUAAUGGAUGUUAAACUAAUGAGAAAUUGUGUAAUGUUACUGGGUGCUGGCAACAGCAAAUAUAUUAUGUUGUCUUUUUUAAAUAUAGUUUACAAAAGCUUCAGGAGAGGCUACUACAAACUCAUGAAAGAACCCUCAGAAGCUACCUGAAGAAGGGAUUUUGAUCCAGAAACAAGGAUUACAAAAUACCCGGGAAUCCUUGUUGUUCUACAUUGUUUUACAAUUCUUUUGCGCAUUUUCAAGACAAUUAUUUGCAUGGGACAAUGAUGAAAUUAUCUGAAGUGUGAACGACAAUUUACAGAAGAAAUCAUCAGUUGUUUAUUCCUUUGACCAUGCAUUUCUAAGACUUUUAUUUAUGUGGGACAAUACUGGAAACCGUUGUACUCAGUUACUGAACAUACUUAUCUGUUAUUGAAAAAACAUACAAACAUGAAUAUAAUGUUUGUCGUAAUGGUGUAAACAAUUUUCAUUUCUGCAUUAUUCAUGCGCCUGUAAGGUUUAUAAUUUGUCUGUUACCAGUGGUCUAUCCUGUAUAUCAGUUAGUAAUAGACAACUGUGAAGAGUCAGACGCCAGUUAACAUACAAAACAGAGUUUAUUCCGAAGAUAAGCCAAAAAAUAACAUAAACACAGGAAAUAUCCUUGAAAUGCUUCAGUUUUCAGUGUUUCGAAAGUAGAUUGGACAAUAACAACUCAAAAAUGAGCCAUGCUAAUUUCCCAUGCUGGCAUUCAAUAAAAAACUAAAUAACGCUUCAAUUCAGCUUUGGAAAACAAAUAGAGUUAAUUGCUGGAAAAUAAACAAACUAGAAAAGCAGUAAAGCUGCUUCCACGGUGCAGAUAAGCCGAGAGCCUCAAAGGGAUGAUGAAUAGCCGUCGUCAGAAGAAUCCAAGGUCAGGUCAGGAGGCAGCAGAAAUUCCGAAAGACAAACCAAUAGUCAGAAGCCGGGAGAGGCCGUCAGUCAGAGGGAGUAGACAGAAGCCAGGUCAAAUUCAAUCCAAAGUCCGAAGAGGGUGCAGUCAUCCAAAACAGGUCCACGAUAAGACACAGCGAGAGCCAAGCUAGAUGAUAUCAGCAGAUUCAAAUCAUAGUCCAAGUCCAGUCUUCAUGGAAACACAGAGAUCCCAAUGGCGCCUCAGCAACACCUUGCCACACGCAAAGUGCAGUGGCCAAACAUUCCCAUUUUAUUCCCCUUCCUCCUGGGUGACCAAACACUCACACCCAAACACCAGGUGUCCCAAAUCUACUCAGAGUCUGAACUCCACACAGCUAGAGCUCGUGGAUCUGGAGUACCUAGCAAUUCGUCGGAGUCCCAAUCAUCCUGCCCACACUUAGCCCCAUGAACACUUAAAGAACCAUCCUCUCUUCUCCAAGCAUCCCAAUUGGGAUCAGCUCCUGCAGAAACCCCAGGUUCAGAAGUAUCCAUAAGCCCCAAAUCCCCAGACAUCUCCGGUGGCUGUGCCCAUUCAGUGCCCGCUUCCCCAGCCACCACCUGUUCAUCAGCAUCCAUCUCCCCAUCUGAAUCUUCCUCAGAAGAUCCCCCAUAUAGCUCUCUAAGUCGCUUCCUGCGCAAUUCCUCCAGUGAACCCUCAUCACGAGGGUUUUUUCUUCCUCUUCGAAUUCCAUCACCAUCAACCAUAAUCCCCGAAGGCGCAGUCACAACACCAGAUGUGGCAAAACCCUGGUAAAUCGAGUUGGCAAAGAGGUAUCGGAACGCUCCUUGCAGGGUUGUGGUCACGGAUUGACAAUAUAUAAUUCUCACACUGAUGUGGAACAUAGGCUUGUGUGAACAGCACCUGAAAGGGAGGAAGUGGAUGCUUGGGUGGAAUGAGAGAGGCAGAAAGAGGAGGAGGAGGAGCCGGCUGGACUAGGAACCUGUGGCAAAGAGAAGCACGACAAAGAGGAGAGAGAGCGAGACGGGAAAAGGUCUGCCGUCGUCACCCAGGAAGAGCCCGGUUCACUAUGUGCCAGUUGCGCUCCACGGAAAGAAGGCAGCAGGUGCCUCUGGCUUGCCUUCCUGCAACAGAGGCAUCGGGCACAAGAGAGCCGUGAGAGAGACAGCACAACAGAGCCCCAAAACAGGGAGAGGAAGCAAUGUCUGAGCACGAAGACUUUGCCAACUUUGCGGGACACUGGAAUGUGUCCGACAACUCCCAGUUCAGCCCAGCGAGCAUCAUCGUCCCGGUGGUCUUUUCCCUCAUCUUCCUGCUGGGCACCGUCGGCAACAGCCUGGUCCUGGCGGUGCUGCUGCGCAACGGGCAGAUGGGCCACAACAGCACCAACCUCUUCAUCCUCAACCUCAGCCUGGCCGACUUCUUCUUCAUCAUCUGCUGCGUCCCCUUCCAGGCCACCAUUUACUCCUUGGAAGGCUGGGUCUUCGGCUCCUUCAUGUGCAAGGCGGUCCACUUCUUCAUCUACCUCACCAUGUAUGCCAGCAGCUUCACCUUGGCGGCCGUCUCCGUGGACAGGUACUUGGCCAUUCGUUACCCAUUGCGAUCCCGGGAGUUACGGACCCCCUGCAAUGCGGUGGCCGCGAUGGCUGUCAUUUGGAGCCUCUCCGUGAUCUUUUCCGGACCUUACCUGAGCUACUAUGACCUGAUCGAAUGGGAGUCCAGCCACAUCUGCGUGCCGGGAUGGGAGGAAUGGAAGCGCAAGAUCAUGGACACCAGCACCUUCACCUUUGGCUACGUGAUCCCGGUGCUUAUUGUCAGCCUCUCCUACACCCGGACAAUUAAAUACCUGUGGACGGCCGUGGACCCCUUGGAGAACAUGUCCGAGUCCAAGAAGGCCAAGCGCAAAGUGACCAAGAUGAUCAUCAUUGUGACUGUCCUCUUCUGCCUCUGCUGGCUGCCCUACCAUGUGGUCAUCCUCCGCUACCUCUACGGAGACUUCCCUUUCAACCAAACCACGUAUGCCUUCCGACUGCUCUCCCAUUGCAUGGCCUACGCCAACUCUUGCCUCAACCCCAUCGUCUACGCUUUGGUCUCCAAGCACUUCCGCAAAGGGUUCAAGAAGGUCUUCAGCUGCCUCCUGAGAAAGAAGGCCCGGAAUAGGGUUCACGUCAUCCAUGCGGCUCACACCGCGCCUGGCUUUGAGGGAGGCUCAACAGAAGUGUCUCAAAUGAAUGACGACAAUGGGCAGUUGAGUGGGUGUGAACUGGAACCAAGGUCCCUCAUAGUCCCAUCAGGAUCUACCAGACCCCUCCAUAUUCCUUAGACCAAAGCAGAAUAUAGUUGGAUUAUUAUUUUCCCCAAUCUAAACACUACGCUCCUAUUGAUGCAGCCCUACUACUUCAUCACAUUUACUAGAUUCCACUGAGUGCUACACUUAAAAUCUGGGAAGCCACUGUUCUCAUAACAUUAUUAUUAUUAUUAUUAUUAUUAUUAUUAUUAUUAUUAUUAUUAUUAUUUUAUGACACAGCAAACAAGAUAGAUAGGGCCGGGCUGUGGCGCAGGCUGUUGAGCAACCAGCUGCAACAAAUCACUCUGACCAAGAGGUCAUGAGUUCGAGGCCAGCUCGGAGCCCCGUAUUUGUCUUGUCUUUGUUCUAUGUUAAGGCAUUGAAUGUUUGCCUUAUAUGUGUAAUGUGAUCUGCCCUGAGUCCCCUUCGGGGUAAGAAGGGCGGAAUAUAAAUACUGUAAAUAAUAAUGAAUAAUAAUAAUAAUAAUAAUAAUAAUAAUAAUAAUAAUAAUAAUAGAUAUGCUGGAUUUCGUAUCACAGAAUCACAAGUCAAACACUUCCCAAGUGUCUAGGACUGUGUGAUGUAUUUUUGGAUGAUGCGUGCAGAUCCCAGUAGGGUGGCCUUUUGCAUUUGGCUGAUUGUAAUUUUGUCGAUGUCUAUUGUUUCCAAAUGCCGGCUGAGAUCUUUUGGCACGGCACCCAAUGUGCCCAUCACCACCGGGACCACCUGCACUGGUUUCUGCCAGAGUCUUUGAAGUUCAAUCUUGAGGUCCUGAUAGUGGCUGAGUUUUUCCUGUUGUUUUUCCUCAAUGCGACUGUCACUUGGGAUGGCAAUGUUAAUGAUCCAAACCUUUUUCUUUUCCACAACUGUGAUGUCUGGUGUGUUGUGUUCCAGAACUUUGUCAGUCUGGAUUCGGAAGUCCCACAGUAUCUUUGCGUGCUCAUUUUUAAAUACUUUUGCAGGUUUGUCAUCCCACCAGUUCUUUGCUGCUGGGAGGUGGUACUUGAGGCAUAAGUUCCAAUGGAUCAUUUGGGCCACAUGGUUGUGCCUCUGUUUGUAGUCUGUCUGUGCGAUUUUCUUACAGCAGUUGAAGCUGUUUUUGGAGGGUAUUUCAUACCUGUGUACGCAAAGAGACUUAGUAAAUCAGGAAUGCCUUCUCUAUUCCUUCCCUAAAGAUAUCCUGAAGUUGGUUGCUAGAUCAGGAGAGUCUCAAGAUUUACGAGAUCUCAGACCCUGUUGAUGUCCUUCAACAUGAAGCAUCAACCACAAUUACUCACAGCAUGUGAUUCAAAUAAUAAACACCAAGUCCAACAAAUCUUCUAUACAGUAGAGUCUCACUUAUCCAACAUAAACAGCCGGCAGAACGUUGGAUAAGCGAAUAUGUUGGAUAAUAAGGAGAGAUGAAGAAAAAAGCCUAUUAAACAUCAAAAUAGGUUAUGAUUUGUCAAAUUAAACACCAAAACAUCAUGUUAUACAACAAAUCUGACAGAAAAAGUAGUUCAAUACACAGUAAUGCUAGGUAGUAAUUACUGUAUUUACGAAUUUAGCACCAAAAUAUCACGAUGUAUUGAAAACAUUGACUACAAAAAUGGCUUGGAUAAUCCAGAGGCUUGGAUAAGCGAGGCUUGGAUAAGUGAGACUCUACUGUAAUAAUAAUAAUAAUAAUAGAGUAAAGUAAUAAAUGUGAUAAUAAUAAUAAAGGUAAAGGUUUCCCCUGACUACAAAAAUGCGUUGGAUAAUCCAGAACGUUGGAUAAGUGAGUGUUGGAUAAGUGAGACUCUACUGUAUAUAUAAAAAUGUAAUGUACGUUUAUAGGAUUGAGUAAACAACAAAACCACUGAACCAAAUCACACCAAAUUUGGCCACAAAAUACAUAGUCAUCCAAUCUAUGUCUUUCAAACAAAAAACUUGGAAAAUAAAGUCCAAAUUAGAUGCCAAGGAAGAGCCGUUUUCAACCCUGGUUGCUGGUCAGAAGGGUAGGCCCUGCCCCCUUUAGGUCCUGCCCACAUCGUCUCCUAGCAACUCCCUCAGCCACAAUGGCACCGGGGUACAGCCAGGCUUUUGAGGCUGCAAGGCUAUUCACUGCUGUUCCACCUGGCCAACAAAGCAUUCCCAUAAGCCACAGCAACGCGUGGCUGGGCACAGCUAGUAAAUAAAAUAUAUAUAUUUCUCUGGCUGGAAAUUACAUUUUUAAAGCACUACAUUGAAGAAUUGGAUUUUCCAGUUCACAGGGCCAUGAUAAAUCAAAUCUAAUAUUAAAAGUAGACAAGAAACUUCCAGGGCGUUGCAUGAGUCUCAUCCUGUACUUUGCUUUUGUAAUUGACAACUUGUCCAUAGAAAUGCAUAUGAUAUUUGUGCGUGUAUAUGUUUUUAAUUUGGAAAAUGGCUUUUAAACAUUUUCUGAACUAUGGCUGGAGUGCAGUACUGCAUUUCCCUUCUCUUUCCAGAAAUAACAGGUAUUUCUUGACUCUCUGUGAUCUUCAAUAUCUGAAAAAUGUGCACCACGAUAAAGGUUCAAACCAUAGAACACAAUAUGUAUAUUAGAGCAUCAUAUACAUAAUAAUGUUAACAAUAAUACAAAUAAUAAUACAAAUAAUAAUAAGAUUUAUAGACUGCAAUCAUCCAGAUUUAAAUGCUACACAGAGCAGUUUUCAAUAUCAAACUUUUUUGCUAACAAACUUUAGUUGGAGUCUUGUUGAUAUUGUUGAUAUAUUUCUGAUAUAUGUUUGAUAUUGAAAACUUUUUUGCUAACAAACUUUAGUUGGAGUCUUGUUGAUAUUGUUGAUAUAUUUCUGAUAUAUGUUUGAUAUUGAAAACUUUUUUGCUAACAAACUUUAGUUGGAGUCUUGUUGAUAUUGUUGAUAUAUUUCUGAUAUAUGUUUGAUAUUGAAAACUGCUCUGUGUAGCAUUUAAAUCUGGAUGAUUGCAGUCUAUAAAUCUUAUUAUUAUUUGUAUUAUUAUUUGUAUUAUUGUUAACAUUAUUAUGUAUAUGAUGCUCUAAUAUACAUAUUGUGUUCUAUGGUUUGAACCUUUAUCGUGGUGCACAUUUUUCAGAUAUUGUUUAGCAUAGAUAGCUGUGUUUAGUUAUUAUUAUAUAUUCUCUGUGAUCUUUGCCAGCUUCUUAGCCAUGGUGCAUAUUUGGAGAAGGCUCUCUAAUGGAAAUCAAUGUGAUGAAGCAAUUAGAGUGUUAGAUUGGGACGUAGGAGGCCUGAGUUCAAAGCCUUCACGACCCAGAAACACAUUGAUUUUUGACCAAUUUCUGCCUCUCUCUCUCAUGAAAAACGAACCAUGUAUGUUUCCUUGAACUCACAGAAGGGAAAGUGGGUCAGUCCUUUGAGUCCUUUCCUUAGCAUCUUACAUUUAUACAGGAAUAUAAGGUGCAAUACUUAGAAAAAGAAAUGCACAGAUAUAGGAUGGGUGACUCCUGGCUUGACAACAGUACAUGUUACACCCCUGGGCAGCGAGAGCACUGAAAAACAACACAGAGACCAAUCUAUAUAUAUAAAAGGGUAAUGAAAUUUCGGCCUAGGACAAAACAACAAAACUACACAUCCCAGAAACACUAAACUUGGCAGCACAACCCCUCAUCCAUGCCUCUACGUUCAUACAACAAAAAGAAAAGAAAAAUAAAGUCCUCAUUAGAGGGAGAGGAAUAAUUGUUUUUAUCCAAUUGCUACCAGUUAGAAGGCUAAGCUCUGCCCACUUGGUCUCCUAGCAACCCACUCAGCCCAGGGGUCAGGCAGAGUUAGGCCUCACUUAGGCCUCUUCCACACUGCCUAUAAAAUACAAAUAUGGCAGUGUAGACUCAAGGCCCUUCCACACAGCUAUAUAACCCAUUUAUAAUGGACUUAAUGUCAGGGGAAAACCUUUACCCUUUACCUUAAGUACCACCAAUUCCUCGAUACUUUAUUUCCCAUGCCACCAUGCUUUGCCACAGCAAUGCGUGGCCAGGCACAGCUAGUACAAUAUAAUAUCUUUAUUGAAGCAAAUAAAGUUCCAAAAGAAAAUAAGCAGAAAAGUUGAACAAGCAAUUGACCUUUCAGGAAAGAUCAAAAUUAGUCCAAUAAGUGAAAGUCUUAUGUCCAAUAUUAAGGUCCAAAGUCCAGAAACUGAAACACACUCAAACUCGGCUUGAGUAUUGAGUGGGGAAAAGGAGCAAGGUAGCACAGAUGAGUUCUCUGGAAUAAAUGUCCAAAAACAAUAUUACAAGGCAAGGCACGAGCUGGAUGUGCUGGAGCUGAAACGCAGUCCAAACUUGGGCAAGAAGGUCGACCAGCGCCCGGUCUACUCAGGAGUAACGCGCACCAUCAGACCCCUUGGAAUUCAGGAGCUAGAGACGAUGAUGCUUCUCAGUAAGAAGUAACGUUGACACCGCAAAAGAAUACUUUUAUUGAAGUCCAUAAGCUCCCCCAAGCCAGGUGCCUGACUCCCUAAUUCUUCCCAAGAGAACUGAUCUUAGCCAUAGUCACCACACUCCGCUAAUCUGGCGCUUCUCCUCAAGCUUUGUCUCUGCGAUCUCUCUGUUUUCAAAAAGGCCCUGCGAUCAAACACUAACCCGUCAGGAGAAUUUGGGAGAGCCGGCACUGUUUCAAGGGCAUCCUUAAUUGGCACUGGCUCGGAAAUGUCAAUAGAAGGCAUCUGGAAAGGAGUUGAAUCUUGCUGACGUGGGAGAAAACCAAAGUCUUCUGGUCAGCAAUGGCCACAGGGUCAGGUGCCUGAGGUAUCAUAGUACAUCUGAAAGGAAUCUAGGACCCAUUCCACACCACUGUAUAAAAUCCACAUUUAACUGGAUUAUAUGGCAGUGUGGACUCAGAUAAUCCAGUUCAACACAGAUACUGUGGAUUACCUAUCUUAAUAUUCUGGGUUAUAUGGCUGUGUGGAAGAGCCCCAAGCAGAGCACAAGCAGAGUCAAUUGUGUGAUGUUAUAAAAUAGUAAUAAUAACUAUAAAUUUAUAACAUAUUUUUAAAGCUUGUCUGGGUCUCAGCCAAGCUCAACCCCAGCCCAGCCCCAAACAUUCCUGGGAGGAUUAAUUUCCCUUUUUCCUAACUUCUUUGCUGUUGCAAAACUUUGCAAAGUUGAACUGCCAGCUCCAAUACGUUACCAUUCUGGUUCUACCACUAAGCCCCUGUUGUACAGCAGAGCAGCACAAGUUGUAUUAAAUCCAAGAUAAUCAAAUAUCACAACUUAUAUGUAACUUUGGACUAUGUGGCUUUCUCGAGAAACAACAUAGAUUCUUCCAUGGACUCUCUGCUGAGAGACUUGAUUGCCAGCAACCCCCAGGACCCAAGACUCAUCAAACACUUUGUUUACCCCCUUGAUUGUCUUUCCGGUUUCCCGAGCCUCACUUUGUGUAGAGAUUAUUCCAAGCUCCCAAAGUCCAUUAGUUCUAAUACCCAUUCUUUUCACUUUAGACAAUGGGCCCACACUCUCAGGCGGACACAGCAACAAACCUUUAGUUUUUAACCCUACCAAUCCCAGUUGCUUUCUCUUCCUCUUUGUCCCAGUCUGUGAUGUCAGGAGGAAAGUCUCAGCCAAAGAGAAGGUGGAUCUUAGGAGAUGAGUCUCCUGAACAACCAGGGGAGGGAGUGGGAGGUUUGAAUAGCUGCCAAACUUUAUAAAAUGCACUUCACUUUUCUGCAUGAGUUUUGUCAGUUCUUUUGGCAAUUACGCCGUUCUGUCAUCCAUCUGGCCAGGUGAAUAAAAACCUCUGUUAUUGCCUUCAAAUUUGGUCAAGUUUUUUCCUGGCUUUUAAAGCAGCAUGGCGUGCUAGGCAACAGAUCUACGUGGCCUCCUGGUGUCAGAUAGCUGAUUUCGAUAACAACAUGGCUACCUUGCAAAUAAUUUCUCCAUCCAUUAGGUUGGGGGUAUUAAACUCAUUUUAACGGAGGGCCACAUCAACUUUGUGGUUGCCUUCAAAGGGCCAUCAAAUCCAUGGACGGAGAAUCUGUGGAUAUGUUUGUUGUAGCUUUGUUUUUUUACCUAGUUGGGAUCCUCAGAUGUUAUUGAACCACUGCUCCAAUCACUUUUGAUUGUCUAUCAUGCAUACUGGGGAUAAUGGUAAUUGCAACCCAGGUUAAAUGAUGUUUUCAGGUCUGAUACCCUAUUCACAAUACUUGAAUCUAGAUUCACAUCCUGCUUUCUUGACUCAACAGAACAAACUACAGCCUAUGUUCCUGUAUCACAACUCCCAUCAGCUCUAGUCAUGAUGUUUAAUAAUGAGAAAUAUAGUUGUAGUCUAUUCUCUGAAGUGUCACAUAAAAUGGGAAUUGUAGUUCACCCAUAACCUGAGAAGCUGCAACCUCCACCUAUGAUGGACCUAGACCAAACUUGGCACACAGAACCCCCAUGACUAAGUCAACCUACUGGAGGGGUUUGAGGGGACUGAUUCACCAUUGUGGGAGUUGUAGUUUACCCUACAGCCAGAGAGCACACAGAACCCCACCAAUGAUGCAUCUAGAGCACACUUGCCUAACAUAAGUAAAGGAAAAGGUUUCCCCUGACGUUAAGUCCAGUCGUGACCGACUCUGUGUGUGAGUGAGUGUGCAUUUCCCCUGCAAUAUUUGCAAGCCCUACAUAUCUAUAUUCAUAUAUAUCUAUCUAGACAUCUCUCUCUCUAUAUAUAAUUAUAUCUGUAUAGGAUUUGCAAAGAUUUGCAAACAUAUGAGGCAAAAAUUCAUAUAUAAAAUAAUGUAUACACAUAGAUACAGAUAUACAGGUACACUGAAAUCUCUAGAUAUCUAUAUGUUUAUAGGAUUUACAAAGACUUGCAAACAUAUGAGGGGAAAAUUCAUAUAUAAAAUUAAUGUAGAUAGAUAGGUAAAGGUAAAGGUUUGCCUCUGAUGUUAAGUCCAGUUGUGACCGACUCUGGGGGUUGGUGCUCAUCUCCAUUUCUAAGCCGAAGAGCCGGUGUUGUCCAUAGACAUCUCCAGGUCAUGUGGCCGGCAUGACUGCAUGGAGCACCUGUUACCAGGUGAGAGUAUAGUGGAAUCAGUAGCAUCCAGUUAACACCACGUGCAAAGAAACUCACACCAGGCAGAGGAAUUGAAAAGAACAAAGGAACUUUACUCUUGCUUGUUGAGUUGAAAUAUAAAACAGUUCUGCAAUCGUACAAUGUCCAUGUAGUUGCAUAAGAUCAAUAACCAAUCAAUCAGCAUCAAUAUAUACAGCAUAGCAUAUUCAAAACAGCUACUCGACCGUAGCAAGAGAGCCUGACUUUCCUGUGCUCUCUCUUGAAGCUCAAAUUCCAACUGACAAUCUCAGCCACCUGCCAUCAAACAGAUACAUUGUUUUAGGCAUGGCUUCUCUCUCUGCAAAAAGUCUGAGCUCUUUUGCAGAGUUCUCUUUGCAAACCAACUUUGCAAGGAUUUCUUUACACACACACAUACACAUUAGCAUUUUGGCGCAAUAGCACCUAACAUAACAAACUUUAAAUACUAAUGGAGCUUUUCGAGGUUAAACUGGCAUGAUGUCAGUUGUAGUUCACUCACAACCUUAGGUAUUUUGUACAAUUAAAAAUUGUCUUUUUCAAACAACCUGGGCAACGUCCGGUACCCAAGCUGGUAUAAAGAUAAAAUCCAUAUUUCACAGUAGUAUAAGCAGCUUUGGAAAUAAAAUAAAUGCAUAGACAAGUGGCUACAUUGAGGCUCCCUAGUGAUUCCGCAAAUAUGACCACCGCCUACCAAAUCUUCAAAACCACACACAACGACGUGCACAAAAUACGUUGUUGUCCAUAGCACAGCAUUUGGAGGCCCAGGGAGACCGGCGCAGCAGUACUCCAUUGGCUCACUUCAUCCCGAAAUUCUAAUUAGCCGCUUCAUGAUAAUCUAAUUAUAAUGCACGUUGUCGUUCUGACUCAUUCCAGCUGUCUGUGGGGAAACUAAUUAAUUUAAUUGUGUUCUCUGACUGUGCUCAGGAAAAAAACCGCCUGUGUUUUUCCCGCCACGGACAAUCAAAAACAACCCUGCUGGUUGGAGAGGUUCAAGGCACAGAAGUCUCCCUUAUUUUACACAAGCUGGUUGAAUGUGGUUUUAGUUAAACUCGAAGAGCUCUGAAAACCGUAGAAUUAUAUUGGUGGACCAACAGAUGCCAAGGAGAAUGUUCUCUCUGCAUCUCCGGUACAAUUCUAUGGUCAGUUUUUGCAAGACGUUUGGUUGGAAAUGCCAUAGAAGCCAAUAGAGAAGACUUGAGUUAUUAGUCUUUGCAACAUAGGAAAAGAAUGGCAACCACACCUUUAAUACACUGUAUCACUCACCAUUAAGUAUACAUUUGAGGCAAUAAUUUCCAGUGGGACAAGUUGAUGUUACAGCAAACUCCUUUAUCCUUGACCCAUUGGGAUUCAUGGAGCUUAAGCUCUUUUGAACAGGAAAUCGGUUUAAUAACACCAAGCAAAUGUCUGGCUUAGAAGUGAGAGCAGAACAAACAAACCUAUACGCGACACAGAAAUGAAAGCAGAGAAUAGUAUUUACACAUUUUACAGUGUGUGUGUGUGUAUAUAUAUACAAGGCCUAUCCACAAAGUAGGUUACGUUUUGGAUUUUAAAAAGGACAAAGUAUAGGAGAAAUCAUUUACCAUAUGCAGCUGAAAGACACAUCCCAAAAUUACAAUCUCAUGUAAUCCUCAUGGAAAUGUAGGCACGUCUCAUAUAGAUAGAUGAGUUUGAAAAGUACUGUUUCAGUAAAUUCCCCGCUUGUGUCCUCAGCUCUUCCUCCUUCUCCCUUCCUGCUGCGUAGCCAAAAUGCUGCGCUGCCAGCCACGCCCCAUUGUUGGAAACGGAGGAGAGAGGCGGCAAAUUUACUGGGAUGUGUCUUUUUUAUUGGGAUGUGUCUUUCAGCUGCAUAUGGUAAAUGAUUUAUCCUAUACUUUGAUCUUUUUAAAAUCCAAAACGUAGCCUACUUUAUGGAUAGCCCUCGUAUAUAUAUCUAUAUAUAUAAAAGAGUAAUGGAAUUUCGGCCUAGGACAAAACAACAAAACUACACAUCCCAGAAACACUAAACUUGGCAGCACAACCCCUCAUCCAUGCCUCUAUGUUCAUACAAUAAAAAGAAAAGAAAAAUAAAGUCCUAAUUAGAGGGAGAGGAAUAAUUGUUUUUAUCCAGUUGCUGCCAGUUAGAAAGCUAAGCUCCGCCCACUUGGUCUCCUAGCAACCCACUCAGCCCAGGGGACAGGCAGAGUUAGGCCUCACUUAGGCCUCUUCCACACUGCCUAUAAAAUACAGAUUAUCAGAUUUUAACUGGAUUAUAUGGCAGUGUAGACUCAAGGCCCUUCCACACAGCUAUAUAACCCAUUUAUAAUGGACUUAAUGUCAGGGGAAGACCUUUACACUUUACCUUAACUACCACCAAUUCCUCAAUACUUUAUUUCCCAUACCACCAUACUUCGCCACAGCAAUGCGUGGCCGGGCACAGCUAGUAUAUAUAUAUAUAUAUAUAUAUAUAUAUAUAUAUAUAUAUAUAGUCGGUCAAUGUGACUUAAGCAAUGUGCAGUCACUGAAUUCACCCCAAAGGGGAUUCAUCAGAGAAUGCAAGCUGUGUAUGGUGAUUGUGUUGAUGUGAGUCCUGUGCGUUGUCGGGUGAGUUAAGUUUAAAGAUGUUGAGGUGGGAACAUCUGACUUGUGUAACAAACAAAGAGUUGGACGUCCUGCGACAGCAACCACCGGGUUUCACAAGCAAAAGGUGGGCAGACUGAUUCAGGACGAUAGUCGUAUCACUCUGAGAAAAAUUUCAAGCAUAAUCGGCAUUUCACAAGAACGCGUGGGUCACAUGAUUGCUUGGCUUGGCUAUCAGAUGUUGAGAAAACUGUGAGAGUCCGGUUGCGGAAACAGAGUGUCGACUUCUUCCGUGAUGGCUUCAGAAAAUGUCUUCAUCGUUGGCAGAAAUGUAUCCAAUUGUCUGGUGAUGAUGUAGAAAAGUGAAUAGUGGUAGUUAAAGGAUUUGUUGUCGAAGGCUUUCAUGGCCAGGAUCACAGGGUUGUUGUAUGUCUUUCGGGCUGUGUGGCCAUGUUCCAGAAGUAUUAUCUCCUGACGUUUCGCCCACAUCUAUGGCAGGCAUCCUCAGAGGUUGUGAGGCAUGGAGAAACUAGGCAAGGAAGGUAAAUAUAUAUAUCUGUGGAGAGUCCAGGGCAUGACAAGAGUCUUUUGUCAGUUGGAAGCCAGCGCUAAUGUUUCAGUUAAUCACCCUAUUUAGCAUUGGAAAGGUUUGUCUCUUACCUGGGGGGCAUCCUUUGUUCAGAGUCCUUAGCUGUCCUUGGGGCUCCGCUGCCCUCAGAAAUGCUGGACCACUCCAACAAUUAUCAUGUCAGACUACACAGAGAAGCCAUUGAAAUCCACAAGCAUGUGGACAACUUCAACAGAAAGGAGGAAACCAUGAAAAUGAAAAAAAUCUGGCUACCAGUACAGUAGAGUCUCACUUAUCCAACACUCGCUUAUCCAACGUUCUGGAUUAUCCAACGCAUUUUUAUAGUCAAUGUUUUCAAUACAUCAUGAUAUUUUGGUGCUAAAUUUGUAAAUACAGUAAUUGCUACAUAGCAUUACUGCGUAUUGAACUACUUUUUCUGCCAAAUUUGUUGUCUAACAUGAUGUUUUGGUGCUUAAUUUGUAAAAUCAUAACCCAAUUUGAUGUCUAAUAGGCUUCUCCUUAAUCCCUCCUUAUUAUCCAAGAUAUUCGCUUAUCCAACGUUCUGCUGGCCCGUUUAUGUUGGAUAAGUGAGACUCUACUGUAUUAAAAAACUAAAAAAUCAGAACAGUAGAUGGGAAGCAACACUCUGAGGGCAGAGGAGCUCCAGGGACGGCUAAUAACUCUGAACAAAG